AAGAAUAUGAAUAAAUAAUUAUUGCAAGUGGCUACACUUUUGGGCUCCUAAUUGCUGUAAUAUUAAAGCUCAGCUCAAAUGAUUUUACUGUAUACCAGCCUGCUGUUCCAUAUUUUAUCAUAAAGUGUGUCUAAGUCCUAUUGUCUUAUGAAUAAAUAGCUGAACAAUCAUUUGAUUUGUCCUUUAGGAUGGGGAGGAUUUCAUUAUGAAAGUCUGGACGUUUGAGCAGAUCAGCAAUGUGUUAAAAGUUGCAGGAGAAAGGAAAUGCCAAGAAGCCCAGGCUUGCCUGGAAGAAAAUCAAGACCCAGUGGUAAAUAUAAUGGGUGCAGCAUAUGCCGCUGUUAGCAGCAAUGACAGGCCUCUUCUGAAGGCACAUGCUGAUCUCAGUAAGGCACGAGAUGACUCGUCAGAGAAUGUGGAGGAACAAGAGGCUAGGUUUACACUGUCGCUUCUCAUCAGUGAAAUGGACAAACAACUUCUGGUGCAAUCUCACAACACUAUAGCCAAGGAAGUCAGACUUAAUCCUAGUGCUGUGCAGGUAGAUUACGAGCUCUUCAAAUCCCUUGCUGGUGAUGAGGAAGGAAAAUGUCUGGAAUAUAUUGAAUGGACACUUGAUCACCAGUUCAGCAAUGGCUGCCAUGCUCCCCCCUGGCAACAGGUUCAUGGUGAUAUCAGCUACUUGGAUGUAAAGCCCUUUGACACUGACAAGCUGACGAUCACGGCAAACACUGCUGGUUACUUCCUAAACAAAGGCUUGACACAAGAAGGACAAGUUAACUAUGAAAGGGAAGGAGAAGUGUACCCUACACUUGUGGCACUGCUUAAGGCCAAGAGUCCACAGUUUGCCUCUGCUAUUGAAAAGAAGGAGUUUACAUAUUAUGGCUCAUCUGAAGUAAAGCAAGACAAAACUGACAAGAUUGAGGAGACUGUGAAGGACGAAGAAAUGAAUGGAUCUGCUGGAGAAGAAGCUGCUGAUGGAGUGGAGGUUAAAAAUCAACAGAAUGCUGCAACUAAGACAAAAGCCAGCAAAGCAACACAGAAGAAAAAAGGAACUAAAGGAGGGAAAAAAUUUGAGUCAUCACCACGAUGGAAAAAUAUUAACAUUGAAUUUGGUGAAGACCUGGUUGGAAAGGAUGAGAAAAAAGACCAAGCAAAAGGCAAGAGCACUCCUGAUAAGAAACCCCCAUCACGACACUCCAAAAGCAGAGAAAUGGGUAAGACUACGCGAGUGUCAGUACGAUCACAGAUGAAGGGUGACAUAGAUGAAUACUUUAGUGAAAGUUCUUCAGAAAGUGAAGAGGAAGAGGAGAGUCAAGACAGACGACAGGAGUCAAAUGCUGAUUUACCAUCUGAAUACUGGCAGAUUCAGAAGCUGGUCAAGUAUUUGAAGAGUGGAAAUCAGACCGCUACCAUUAUAGCUCUAUGUGCCAUGCGAGAUUUCAAUCUUUUACAAGAGACAUGUCAGCUGGCCAUCAGAGAUGUUGGUGGACUGGAAGUGCUGAUUAACCUGCUGGAGACUGAUGAAAUCAAGUGCAAGAUUGGGUCUUUGAAGAUUUUGAAAGAAAUCUCAAGAAAUUCUCUCAUCAGGAAGGCCAUUGCUGACUUGGGAGGUCUGCAGACAAUGGUGAAACUUCUCCUGGGCUUCAAUGAAGAGCUGAAAUGUUUAGCCGCUGAGACCAUUGCUCAUGUGGCUAAAUUCAGAAGAGCAAGACGUACAGUCAGGCAGUAUGGCGGAAUUCGAAAAUUGGUGUCACUCCUAGACUGUGGAACCCUUACUAAUGCUUCAGAUCUGGAAGCUGAUGUGGCGCGGUGUGGAGCACUGGCCCUGUGGAGCUGUAGUAAGAGCACCAAAAACAAACAAGCUAUUCGUGGAGCCGGGGGGAUACCUCUCUUGGCAAGACUGCUCAAGUCUAGCAAUGAAGCUAUGCUGAUUCCUGUUGUAGGAACACUUCAAGAGUGUGCCUCUGAGGCCAGCUACAGACUUGCCAUUCGCACAGAAGGCAUGAUCGAGGAUCUCGUGAGAAACUUGAAGAGUGAAAAUCAAGAACUUCAAAUGCACUGUGCUAGUGCAAUCUUUAAGUGUGCUGAGGAUGAUGAAACCCGUGACCUUGUGCGAAAGUAUGGGGGCCUGGACCCUCUGGUAUCUUUGUCCUUCAAUAUUGAAAAUAAGGAGUUACUCGCCGCUGCCACGGGAGCCAUUUGGAAAUGCUCUAUCAGCCGUGAAAAUGUAACAAGAUUUCAAGAACUAAAGGCUAUCGAUCAGUUGGUAUCUCUGCUGAACGAACAACCAGAGGAGGUAUUAAUCAACGUAGUUGGAGCCCUGGGCGAAUGUGCUCAAAUCCCAGCUAACAGAACAACCAUCCGCAAAGCCGGUGGAAUACCUUCACUUGUGAACCUGCUGACCAGUACGAACCAGGCUCUCUUGGUCAAUGUCACUAACGCCGUGGGGGCCUGUGCGACCGAGCCUGAUAACAUGGCUAUUAUCGAUCGUCUUGACGGAGUUCGUCUUCUGUGGUCCCUUCUCAAGUCCAAUAACCCCAAGGUUCAGUCCAGCGCAGCUUGGGCCAUUUGUCCAUGCAUCGAAAAUGCUAAGGAUGCUGGAGAAAUGGUGCGUUCGUUUGUUGGAGGACUGGAACUAAUCGUUAGCUUGCUGAAGUCCGAUGACAGAGAGGUUUUGGCGAGUGUGUGUGCUGCCAUUGCUAACAUAGCUAAGGAUGAAGAAAAUCUCGCAGUGAUCACAGAUCAUGGAGUGGUACCCAUGCUGGCUAAGCUGGCCACAACGACUGAUGAUCGUCUGCGUCAGUAUUUAGCUGAAUCAAUUGCCAGAUGCUGUACAUGGGGUAAUAACCGAGUCGCUUUUGGCCAAGCGGGCGCUGUACCACCAUUGGUCAACUACCUCAAGUCAAAGAACCCGGAUGUACAUAGAGCAACCGCGCGUGCGCUACAUCAGCUGUCACGUGACCCAGACAACUGCAUUUCUAUGCAUAAUAGUGGAGUCGUCAAGUAUCUUCUUGAAAUGGUUGGAUCGUCUGACGAAGUUCUCCAGGAAGCCGCAGCUGGUUGCCUUGGCAACAUCAGAAGACUAGCAUUAGCCAAUGAGAAGGCUCGCUAUAACUGAUACACAAUUUUGGAUGUUGACUAGCGAGACUGUCACAUAUUUCGUUUACGUUAAUCUCGAGAUCGUUGGUGAUAAUUGGGUACUUUUUAGUAUUAAAAAAAGAAGGAAACUCUGUAAAGAUUUUGUACUAAAGCAUUACUCUUUUGCCAGCCUCUGUAGUGAUUACUUUUCUGAACUGUAAUAUAGCUAUACGGUAAUAAAAUCGUUUGUGGACAGAUGGUGUAUUGAAGCGUGGAGAAGAUAACUGUUGUAUUAUUUUUAACACAACAUACUCCUAAUAAAAAGAUAUUUAUUUCCUA